CAUGCUUGCCAUGUCUUUGAUGACAAAGGGCGUUGGCGGGUGUGCAGCUGGAGCUCGUGGUGCGUCGCCCCUCCUUCUCCCCCUCACGUCAGCUGUCGAGUGGAAAGAGAGCCGCGGAGAAAGGGCUUGCGCACGUCUGGCGCCAUACCGUGAGCAGCAACGCGGUCCCGAACGAGAGACGCAGUAGUCUUGAGAGUUCGAGGCAGCAGGAAUGCUCGCAGAGGUCGGGCCAGCCGGGCGCACUCUGCGUCCCCCAGACCGGCGCCACCAGAAGGAAAAAGUCUGCCCGGCCAGCAGCUCCGAUGACGGGCCUUGGCCGCUAAGAAAGUCGCAAUCCCUUCCCCCCCGUCCGCUGCUCUUUCGUUUCCAUUACCCAACGUCUUACCUCACACCAACCUGCCCGUCCAUCCAUCGCCAACGCGACUUUAUCUUUCCAUUAUCAACAUUAUCUACCGCCCCGACACACGCGCACACGUCAAGCGCCCCGGAUCGCCCGAAACGGCCCAGUUCGCGCGCUUAUCGCACAUGGGCGAUAACACCACCGCGACAAAAGACAUGGCUGCCGCAGUAGGAACACCCCCAGCAGCAGCAGAAGCGCAAGGGUGGGCGUAAACCUAUCUAUGCCACCUCUGAGGAGCGCAAGCAGCGGAACCGGCAGGCCCAGGCCGCCUUCCGCGA